CAGGAGGUAGCUCCAAAUCAAACACCAAAUUUACCUGCAGCUCCCGAAAUUCGGGCACCAAAAGAAGGAGGAAUGAAGGCCACUUUCGAUCCGAAUUAUCAGACACUUGCAGGGCUUAAUAAUGACGAAGUUUUCCAACCAAAGGGAGGUGGUGCAGGAGAUUUUGGUGGUGGCAAACUGAAUAUAAGACCACCUGCAGAAGGGGGAAGGAAAGUGGCAACCUUCGAUCCAAAUUAUCAAACAUUAGCUGGAUUGAAUAACGAGGAUGUCUUCAAACCAAAGGGCGGAGGUGAUGCUUUUGGUGGUGGUGCAGGUGCUGGUGGGAGGUUAAACAUCAGACCACCAGCAGAAGGAGGCAAGAAAGUGGCAACAUUCGAUCCCAACUACCAGACUUUAGCAGGGUUGAAUAAUGAAGAUGUCUUCAAGCCAAAGGGUGGUGGCGGUGGACAAGGCGGUAACUUGAACAUCAGAGCACCAACGGAUGCUAGAGGGAAGAAAGUGGCAACAUUCGACCCUAAUUAUCAAACGCUAGCCGGUCUCAAUAACGACGACGUGUUUAAGCCGAAAGGUGGCGGUGGAGGAGGCGGCGACGGAGGAGGAGGUAACCUAAACAUCAGAGCGCCAACUGAUGCCAGAGGAAAGAAAGUUGCAACCUUCGAUCCGAACUAUCAGACUUUAGCCGGCUUGAAUAAUGAGGAUGUCUUCAAGCCCAAAGGUGGAGGCGGGGGUGGGGGUAUGGGUGGGGGUGGCCGUGGCGGAGGAGACGUUAAAAUAAGGGCCCCUGAAAACAAAGGAAAGAAGGUUGCUACCUUUGACCCGAACUACCAAACACUGGCAGGACUGAACAACGAGGACGUGUUCAAACCGAAGGAACCAGUAGGCAGACCUAAAGCCCAGAGGCCAGCUCAACACAAGGUUGUCGCCACAAAUGAUCCCAAUUACCAGACGCUUGCUGCUGUUAACGCCGAUUGUUUUGGUGAAGAUAAGAAGAAGUAUAAACCGAAAGAACCUGAAAAUAAGUGGCUAACUUACUAA